UGUGCUGCUGGAGAAACUUGUCAGAACGGAACAUGUGUCAGUCCCGGUUGCAAUCCACAAUGUUCCGACGGUUACCUAAAUGGUAUUUCUUUUAAUAGUAGUGUUCCUGCUACAGGAAACUGCAUAAACAGUACCUGCUAUCUUUGCAUAUCUUGUGUACCUACACUAUUGUGCUCAAGACUUACAAAUGCAGUAUGUGUUAAUACUACUAAUUGUAAUGAUACUUCUACAUGCAAUUGUUGCGCACCUGCCCCUCAGAUGACGUCGUUGCCAGAGUAA